CAUUCCGCAGGCGGGAGUUCCGCGCGGCCUUUUCCUCGCGACAUCGGCAGAUGAGAAGAAGCGCGUAACUGCGCGUGAAGUUAGUUGGAAUUCGUCAGGAUAAUCUUUAUUAUCACGCGUGGACGUGUUUUUGUCUCGGAACGGCUGACUCUCUACAUUCCUGCUUUCUCUUCCACGUCACUGCAGAAAUCUCGUCGCGUUUGCGCGCGUCAGAAUGGAGCUCAUCACAAUCCUCGAGAAAACCGUCUCCCCAGAUCGAAAUGAACUGGAGGCGGCGCAGAAGUUUCUGGAGCAGGCGGCCAUCGAGAACCUGCCAACGUUCCUGGUGGAGCUCUCUAAGGUGUUGGCCAAUCCCGGAAACACGCAGGUGGCGCGCAUGGCUGCCGGUCUGCAGGUGAAGAACUCUCUGACGUCAAAGGAUCCGGAUGUAAAGACGCAGCACCAGCAGAGAUGGCUGGCCAUUGACGUCAGUGCCCGCAGAGAGAUCAAGAACUUUGUCCUGCAGACCCUCGGCACAGAGACGUACCGGCCGAGCUCGGCCUCUCAGUGUGUUGCGUGUAUAGCGUGUGCCGAGAUCCCCGUCAAUCAGUGGCCAGAGCUCAUACCUCAGCUAGUGGCCAAUGUGACCGACCCCAGCAGCACAGAGCACAUGAAGGAGUCAACGCUGGAGGCCAUCGGAUAUAUCUGUCAGGAUAUCGAUCCCGAGCAUCUGCAGGACAAUGCUAACCAGAUCUUGACGGCCAUCAUCCAGGGCAUGAGAAAGGAGGAGUCCAGCAACAACGUCAAACUCGCCGCCACUAAUGCAUUGCUCAACUCGCUGGAGUUCACCAAAGCCAACUUUGACAAAGAGACAGAAAGACACUUCAUCAUGCAGGUCGUUUGUGAAGCUACUCAGUGUCCAGACACCAGGGUGAGAGUGGCUGCGCUGCAGAACCUGGUGAAGAUCAUGUCCUUGUAUUACCAGUACAUGGAGACAUACAUGGGCCCUGCACUAUUCGCUAUCACAAUAGAGGCCAUGAAGAGUGACAUUGAUGAAGUGGCCUUACAGGGAAUUGAGUUCUGGUCCAACGUCUGUGAUGAAGAGAUGGAUCUGGCUAUUGAAGCAACUGAGGCAUCUGAACAGGGACGUCCUCCGGAGCACACAAGCAAGUUUUAUGCUAAAGGAGCUCUGCAGUACCUGGUGCCCAUCCUCACACAAACACUCACCAAACAGGAUGAGAAUGACGAUGAUGAUGACUGGAACCCGUGUAAAGCUGCAGGUGUCUGUCUCAUGCUGUUGGCCACUUGCUGCGAGGACGAUGUCGUCCCUCACGUGUUGCCCUUCAUCAAAGAUCACAUCAAACAUCCAGAUUGGCGCUACCGCGACGCCUCCGUCAUGGCGUUCGGCUCGAUCCUAGAGGGCCCUGAACUCAACCAGCUCAAACCUCUUGUCAUUCAGGCCAUGCCCACCCUUAUUGAGCUUAUGAAGGACCCCAGUGUGGUGGUGAGGGAUACGACGGCCUGGACGUUAGGACGCAUCUGUGAUCUUCUGCCCGAGGCAGCCAUCAAUGAGAUCUAUCUGGCCCCUCUGCUCCAGUGCCUGAUUGAAGGUCUGGGGGCCGAACCUCGCGUGGCCUCCAACGUCUGCUGGGCUUUCUCCAGUUUGGCUGAAGCUGCAUAUGAAGCCACGGAUGCUGCUGAUGAUCAGGAGGAACCUAGCACUUACUGUCUGUCCUCAUCUUUUGAGCUGAUCGUCCAGAAACUUUUAGAGACCACAGACAGGCCAGAUGGACAUCAGAAUAAUUUGCGGAGUGCGGCGUAUGAAGCGUUGAUGGAGAUCGUGAAAAACAGCGCGAAGGAUUGUUACCCGGCAGUGCAGAAGACGACUCUGGUCAUCAUGGAGCGAUUGCAGCAGGUCCUGCAGAUGGAGUCUCACAUCCAGAGCACGUCAGACAGAAUCCAGUUCAACGACUUGCAGUCUUUGCUGUGCGCCACGCUGCAGAACGUGUUACGAAAAGUCCAGCAUCAAGAUGCCCUGCAGAUCUCCGAUGUGGUGAUGGCCUCUCUGCUGCGUAUGUUUCAGAGCACAGCCGGCUCGGGCGGCGUUCAAGAGGACGCGCUCAUGGCCGUCAGCACUUUGGUGGAAGUGUUGGGCAGUGACUUCUUGAAAUACAUGGAGGCCUUCAAGCCGUUCUUGAUUAUUGGACUAAAGAAUUAUGCUGAAUAUCAGGUUUGUCUGGCUGCAGUGGGCUUGGUGUGCGAUCUGUGUCGAGCUCUGAUGGCCAAUAUUCUGCCUUACUGUGAUGAAAUCAUGCAGUUACUGCUCGAGAACCUCGGCAAUGAGAAUGUGCACAGGUCUGUGAAACCCCAGAUCCUGUCUGUUUUUGGUGAUAUUGCUCUCGCCAUUGGAGGUGAAUUCAAGAAGUAUCUGGAUAUCGUGCUGGACACUUUGCAGCAGGCUUCACAAGCACAGGUGGACAAGACGGACUAUGAUAUGGUGGAUUAUUUGAACGAGCUGAGAGAAGGCUGUUUGGAAGCGUACACCGGGAUCAUCCAGGGUUUGAAAGGAGACCAGGAGAAUGUACACCCUGAUGUAAUGCUGGUCCAGCCUCGUGUAGAGUUUAUUCUGUCUUUCAUUCAUCACAUUGCGGAGGAUGAGGACCAUUCAGAUGGAGUUGUUGCAAAUGCUGUAGGCCUCAUAGGUGACCUGUGUACAACGUUUGGCAAAGAUGUAAUGAAGCUAGUGGAGGUUCGACCUCAGAUCAAUGAUUUGCUGACUGAAGGCCGGAGGUCCAAGACCAGCAAGACUAAGACGUUGGCCACAUGGGCCACAAAGGAGCUUCGGAAGUUAAAGAGCCAAGCUUGAUUACUGGCUGUGGAAAUUGAACCAAGACUAAUGGAAAUCCAACCCACUGAGGUUUCUUCUGUCAAAGUCAAAGCAGAAGUGAUGUGUGCGCUGAGAUGAGUGAGAAUGUGAGCGAGUGAGAGAGAAAGCGUGAGAGACAUCACACCACCUUCAGAAUUUAAUUCCAGCAGAAAACACGGCACCCAAAACCUUCCCCAAUCUUCUUCUCGUGUGGACUGCGUCUCUGACCCAACAAAUAAAAGCUAGACGGCAAGCUUGUCUGAACAGUCGGUGCAUCGUAUGCCAAUAUGUCCCCAGUUAGUAAAAGAGAGAGGACUGUUUUACUUAUUGUGCAUCUGUGGAACACACUUUUGGGCACUUAAAAAAACAAAACAACAAAAAAUCUAUGACUGUGGAUCGUUCCCCGUUACACAAUGCACUUGAAAGAUGAGAACACGGGGCAGAGAUGAUGAUGAUGAUGGUGAUGAUGAUGCUGGAGUUAAUAAUGGCAUGACUGGAGUGUGUGUGAAUAAGCGGAGGGGGCUCUACAUCCCCUCUUACUGUUUCAACCGGUAAUAAAUAAACGUUAUAAAUCUUGUUGCAAAUUCCGUGAGAUGCACUUAUGUAAACAUGAACAUAGGGGUAAAGUGACGGUGUCGGCGAUGGGCAGCACUUUGGUGAGCGAGCGAUGGACGUUCAUCCUGCUUUUCUGCGAGCGAGUCACUGCAGUAAUUUCUUUCUCGUUUCUUUAGGUUUUUUAUAGUUCUCUCUAGUAUGUUAGUAUGGGCUUUAGCCGGACCUGCAAAUGGGAAAAAUAUAGCCACUCGAGAGGUGGAAGUGUCAUUCUAGCAAAGCAGUCAAACCGUCGUAAAGGUUUCAGGAAUAAGAUCGACACUUACAUGUCUUAUUUCAUUCCCCUCUUAUUUGAUUUGCAGGAAAUAAGUGCCAAAUCCAUGCGAGUACUUGAUGGACUUGCGCUUAAACAUUCAUUAACAAAAGUUUCCAAAUAAACAUGUCAUUGUUUCAUUUAGAUUGAUGUGCUUUGCUUUUUUUCUUUUGGUUUUUUGUUUUUUAUUUUCUUGCAGCACUUAAUUGGAGAGUCAUUCACUGAGCUUUUAAGAAAUGACAAUGGAGAGAAUCAGACGUUUGUAUGAGGUUAUAUUUUUCCAUUGAUAUGAAAAAAAUAAAAUUUAACGUUUCCUUAGCA